CACAGCCAGCAUGCUCACCGGGCACAAGCUCGCCGUCCUCGGCGCCCUCAUGCUCCUGCUCACUGCGGCGCGGGCACCCAUGCCCAUCAGGAUGCCGGCGGCCGUGUCCUGUAUGGGCGCGAGGUGCGACGCCUGCGCGGAUUUCCUUGUGAAAGAUCAUCGCGGCAUUCAAAUCCCUCUCAAACCGUGCUUCUGUGUUGAUUUUGAGGGAAGAGACAUGGCGCUUCACUUCACAGGGACUGACAACGGCACAGUUGUCUUUGAAAAGGAGAUAUCGGGGGAGUCACCCUAUCCUGUAUGUUACGUCCCGCGAGUACACGACUAUCUGCAGAUUUGCCUCACGUUCCAAGAUGUCAACUCAAUCGGCAACUCAUUGCAGGUGUGCACAACGAUUCAGGCGAGCAUUAUAAACACUCCGCCCAAAGUGUUCGCAAACACAAACUGCUUUGUGGCGGACACCCAGUCCAACACCCUCACAUACACCGCCAGUCCCAGGGAGCUAAAAGGGUAGCCACUAUUGAGCCAUAGCACCAUAGGAAGAAGCUCCAUCGAUAUACCAGCACGAUUAAAUUAUUCUACGUUAUGUUGCCUGGUCACACAGCACAAACAAUAAAAUGUCUCAGAAACCGAAAUAAAGGUGUAUUGGUUUUCAAA